AUGUUCUCAGCCAAUGAGGAUGCUUUGUCUACCAAUGAUCUGAGGGAGAGGCUCUACAAAAGAUUUAAGGAUAAGGGAGUGCAAGAAGCACUCAAAACCCAACUGCGCGCUCAACUAAUCAAGGAGUUAAAACCUCCAGCGUUCACUGAAGACCCAGAUCCCAGACCAGCUCUUGUGAAAGCAGACUCUCAUUUGCUCUCAGCUUGUAACUGCAUAGUCGCUGAUUAUCUUCACAGCUCCGGGUAUGAGUACACCUUUUCUGUAUUCCGUCCUGAAAGUAACCUGGACGCAGGGAAUAUUUCUAGGAAAGAGGACCUUCUCCAAGUUCUUGAAAUUAGCCCUCACUCAUCACUUUACAGAUGUCUUCUGAACGAUCGAGGGGUUUUAAUGAACAUUCUGACACACGUGACACACUGUCACACACCUCGUCUUUCCCGUGAUGCUGCCACUCAGACAACGGGUGACGGGUCGCCUGUUGUGACGAUGGAAAUGACGGAAAGGGAAUGUGCAGAGAGCAGAGAGGGCGACCAAGUUUUAUUUCAUUCCGAGAUGGAUGCAUACAAAAAACAAACCGAAAUGCAGAUGCAGAUGCAAGUCGAUGUUAAAAUGCAAUAUUUCAAAAAUGUUGAACUUGCCAAGUUGAGGAUGGAAGUACAAGUUACAUUUCAGGAGGAAUUUGAUAGACUGAGACAAGAACUGGAAAUGAUCUAUGAAAUGAAAGUGAAGAAAUUAAAUGCUGAGGAAAACGACCUGAUAGACCGAUUGAAGAAACAAGAAGAAAUGAAAGAAAACAAUGUUUUCAUCCAGAGACAAACCUUGCUGAAAGAAAGGGAGGCGGUGCAACGUCGAGGAAAUGAGCUGAGGAGGCAAAUGGAGGCUCUGGAAGGCACUUGUAGAAUACAUGACGAAAAGGUCAAGACCACCGAGGAGUUGCUCAGGAGGAGAGAACUGCUGGUGAAGAUAAUGGAAGACACGCACAACCACAGGCUGCAGAAUGAACUCUCCAAGAAUGAGCUUGACUUAAGGGAAGAGUACAUCCGAAGAGGCGAGAAACUCACCGAAAAUGAGCAAAGAAAUGUCCUGGAAACUAUGCACGUCCAAAAAGGCUUAGCUGCAAUUAAUGCCAAAGCAGAGGAGCACAGAACAAUCCUUUCAGAGGUGAGACGGCUGCGGGAUGAACUGAACUCUGCACAGCAGAAGACCUCGGUGCUCAAUCAACAGAAAGAGCAAUUGGAGGAAAAAUUGGAGCGCAUGAGUGACUAUCCCAGAUUAAAAAGUGAGAAAGCACAGCUGGAGGAACGGGAGCGGCUUCUCGAGACACAGUUGGAGGACUUACGCCGAGAGAACCAGCGGCUUUGCGUAGACUUGGAGAUGCCGUCAAAAGAGCAUCUGGCCUUGCAGAUGGAGCUCCAGAGGCUCCAAAGUGAACACGGAGUGGAAAAAGAAACAUUCAACAAUGAGAGGCAGUUUCUGCAAGCUCAGCUUUGGCUCGAGGUAAAGAGGUGUGAUCAGCUCAAGGUUCAGCUGACAGAAAGCGAAGAGAACUUGCAGUGGUUGACUGGUCAUGUUGAGAACCUGAAGAAACGUCUUGAUCAAAAUCAAGAAUUCAAAAGACGUCACCAAGCCCUCUUCAAGUCCUCUUGCUUGGGGUCGGAUUUACAAGAUAACAAGGACCAAACCAUGCCAACAUGGGACUCGGGUGGGCGUAACGCUCCCAAGAAGGCGCUAGGGACUGACCCCGGUGCUUGGAUCCUUCGACUGCAGAAGGAGGCGGAGGCCUUCCAAGACGCCUACAGAAAGAUCCAGGUGGAUUUUCCUUCACAUUAUCUGGAGACAAACAUUUCUGAUCACCCACACCUAUCCCUGACCAGACAAUCUAAGAUCUCUCCUGACACCAGAAAGAUCUUGCAAGGGGUUCAGCCAAAAGAUCCUAAGCAGCAGUACUGUGGAAUGGUCACAGAGAAUAGUCACUGGACUGAACCCAACUUUCAAGAUGAACCUUCAUUCAAAGAUCUGUCCUUCCCUUCAUGGUCUAGUAAUGGUUACUUCCCCUGUGAUGCCCAAAAGAAGCUGUCCACUGCAUGUGAUCUUUUUUUCCAGCUCAGUCCUUCUGGAAGUCCUCUUCACAAGAGAAGGACAGAUGGCAAAAGAAGUGGUUUUGUCCUCUGACAGGCGUCUCCCUUCUGUACCCAAUCACAGUGUCUGCAAUCUAUCUAAACUCCCGCCUAGUGCCCUACAUCUACACCCUGAGAUCUCUCCAGAGACUCAUGUUGAGAUUUUCCCUGAAUCCCAACACAUCACAGGUCAUCUCCUGGACACCCUCUGUUCCGAGGAGGCACCUGGGAGCCUCUCUGUUCCCAAACCUCACACUCCUCUGGAGACACACUGGACCAAAAAGCAAUGACACGAUUCUCAAGGGAGUUUGUAUUGUAAGAAGACAAAGAAUCUGAGGAGCAAAGCUGGCAGAGAGCGAAAAGAGAAAAAUGUAGGCAGAAUAGGGGACGUCAUACAGAGACAGCGAGAAGAAACGGAAAGACUAGAGAAAGACGAAAAGGCGGCGAGAACAGACAAAGCCAGAGUCCAAAAAUCCAUUGGAGACGUGCGUACAUGAAGAUUAUUUUGAAAAAGCAAAAGAAGCAGGAUGGCCAUGAGCAGAAAACUAAGAGGACAAAAGCAGAGGUUGAGAAGAAAUAGGUCAAGUGUUUCUGUGAGAAGAUUAGCAAUAGCAUCGGAGGAGAUUGUACAGGCGGAGACCGUUUCUGGUGAAACCACUGAAAUAUACAGUAUUGACAUUCUUGCAACAUUUGAUUGCACACUAAAUGAAUAAAUCAUAA